CGGAGCAAAGCAGCGGCAGCGCACGCCGAAUCUCUCCUGUCUACCCUGCUCUUCGAGACGUGGAUCAGCCGUUCCAGAACCGGAGCCUCAUCCCGCAUCACCUCGACGGGAGCUUUAAUCCCCUUUCUUUACUCUUCGAGGUAGAGAGCCGUUUGCAGAAAUAAAGAGGUUGCAAAGAAAGGGGAGCGGGAGAGCAGAAGAGGAACAAGCAAAGCCAGCCCAAGAGGCAGACGGAAAAGAGCGCAAAAAGCGCCGAACUCUCCCAAGGCAGGCGCGGAGAGACCUGCCGCCUGGGCUCUGCCAAGUGGCGUGGGAGGGGAGACCAGAACUUGAAGUUACCUGCCCUGCCCUAGGAGAAAAGCCGGGGCUUUGACUGCCCCUUUCGCAGCCCUCGGCAGACGAGAACGGAGCUUUUUGGAAGAGUUUUGCUCCCCCUCUUUCUUCUGCUUCCAAAGCGUAAACGGAUGUGAGGCAGAGAAGGUGCUUCUUUUGCUUCUUCUAAACUCGGGGCGCCUCAGCCUUUGGAGGAGGGGGGACGUUUUGCUUUUGCUUGAGUAUAAGCACAAAGAGUGAAGCCGAGGAGUUUGCUUGAUGUUUUAGGGCAAUGGACGUAAGAUUUUAUUCGCCACCGCCACCAGCACCACCUCAGUCGGGCGCCGCUCCUGAUACCCCCUGUCUGGGACCUUCUCCUUGCUUGGACCCCUACUACUGCAACAAGUUUGACGGUGAAAACAUGUAUAUGAGUAUGACAGAGCCGAGCCAGGAGUAUGUGCCAGCCAGCCAGUCUUUUCCUGGUCCAAGCCUUGAAAGUGAAGAUUUUAACAUACCUCCUAUCACUCCACCUUCAUUACCUGACAAUUCAUUAGUGCAUUUGAAUGACACAGAAUCUGGUUAUCCUUCACUGUGUCAUCCUAUCAACCAUAAUGGCCUGCUUCCAUUCCACACUCAAAAUAUGGAUCUACCUGAAAUAACAGUCUCUAAUAUGCUUGGCCAAGAUGGAACGAUGCUUUCAAAUUCUUUAUCUGUGAUGCAGGAAUUACGGAAUGCAGAAGGAACUCAAUAUAAUUCCCAUCCCCAGAUAGCAGCCAUGAGGCCAAGGGUCCAGCCUGGAGAUAUGAGGCAACCAGGAAUAAUUCCACAUGGGCAGCUGACAACUAUUAACCAGUCACAACUAAGUGCUCAGCUUGGUUUAAAUAUGGGUGGAAACAAUGUUCCUCACAACUCUCCAUCUCCCCCUGGUAGCAAAUCUGCCACUCCUUCACCAUCCAGUUCAGUUCAUGAAGAUGAAGAAGAUACUUCAAAG